CCAAGUUUCGUCCUCAACCAUACCGUCAGGUCAUUACCAUCCUCGCCUCACUACGAACUCUUAAGUCCAACAAAGAUCUCUCAUAUCACACUUCUCGUUAUCCCUGUCGUCACAUAGCCUGACGACCUCGAUCUUUAUCGUCCCAUCCUCGGCCCUGCAUCAACUCCGACCUCUCUUCCAGAUCCCGCAUACAAGAUUACAUCAACUUGAGGGUAUUGCAACCACAUCCGUCCCGAAUCACUACACCUGCACGUUUUCCUUCGAAAACCCUCAAGGUGUAGAUAAAACAAAGAACCCGAUAAUACAAUCAAUUCGACCGUAUAAGGCACACGUAGCCCUUCUCAAGAGUGACCUGAUAAUAGAGCAAGAUGUCUGCAUCACCUUCUCACCCGACUAAUCCGGCAAAGCGUCCCUUGGAGGAUGCUUCGUCACCCUCUCGUGGUAUUGACCAACCGGAGGCUAAACGACCAGCCCUCGACAAAGUUAUGAACAAUGGCAACGACAAGCACAUUGAUCUUCCGAUCAACAGCAUCGAUGACAUCCCGGUUCCAAUUGGGGCCAACGGCACAGCUAAGGCUGAAGAAGCCACCAACGACAAGGUCGAAGUUAAGGAUGACCAAGGAGAUACUGUUGUUCCUGAUAUCGACGAGUCCAAGCUUGUCGUAGAUACCGCCAUCACCGGCCCUUCGGCUGCGACUGGUGCUCCUUCGACCAACACUCAUGAUGAGACCACAUGGAUUCACAUUCGUGCAGUCAUCUCCAGUCCCGAAGCUGCCACUAUUAUUGGCAAGGGCGGUGAGAAUGUCUCCAACAUCCGAAAACUGUCGAACGCCAAGUGUACCGUCAGUGAUUACCAGAAAGGUGCCGUAGAAAGGAUCCUAACCGUGAGUGGCGCGGUCGAGGCCGUAGCUAAGGCCUUCGGUUUAAUUAUCCGUACCUUGAAUAAUGAACCUCUAACAGAGAAGUCUAAUUCCCAGUCCAAAACUUAUCCUCUCCGGCUCCUUAUCCCCCACGUCCUAAUAGGAUCAAUCAUUGGAAAGGGUGGUGCCCGAAUUCGCGAGAUUCAAGAUGCCUCAGGAGCGAGGCUCAACGCCUCUGACUCUUGCCUACCACUAUCAAGUGAACGUUCCCUUGUAGUCAUGGGCGUAGCUGACGCUGUUCAUAUUGCUACUUAUUAUGUAGGCAGCACGCUCCUUCAGCAACUGAACGAGCGAUUUGGUGGCCCUGCCGCUUCGGCUUAUGCUACCCGCAGCGGCGGCCCUACGGGUGUUGUCCCCGGUGGUAUGCAAGUCGUUCCAUAUUGUCCUCAACCUGCCGGCGGCAACUUCGGUCACCGAGAGAACUACGGACGACGACCUGAUCCCCGACAACAUCAUAUGCCACCUGCUCCAUAUGCGCAGCCCUACCCGCACACGGCUACUCCCCAACCUAACCCCAGUGUACCGAUGCACUAUGCGCCCCAGGCAGCUGGUUACGGCGCUGCUCCUCACAUGCCGCCGCAUCAUGCUCCACAUGUGAGCGGACCCCAUCCUCACGGCGGACCUCCGGCUCAACCAAUGCAUGGUGGCGCUAUUGCUGGAGCUCCAAUGACCCAGCAAAUCUACAUCCCUAAUGAUAUGGUCGGUGCCAUCAUCGGUAAGGGUGGACAAAAGAUUAACGAGAUCCGCCAAAUCAGUGGUAGUGUGAUUAAGAUCAACGAGCCGCAAGACAAUAGCAAUGAGCGACUUGUCACGAUCACAGGAACUGAGGAAUGUAACAGAAUGGCACUCUACAUGCUCUAUUCUCGACUGGGUGAGCAAUCCAAUAAGACGCAGCGAGGCUAACUCAGCCCGGCCGCCCCCCAAAGACACCCAGAGAACUAACCAUACCUAUGAAAAACAGAAAGCGAAAAACACCGAAUCUAACGAGUUAGCACAUACGACGGGUGUAUUAUACUACCGGCUCUC